AUGCUAUUUAUUAAAAGCUUUAAAGGUGCUAGUAUUUGGAGAAAUCAAUUUCGAAAAAGAGAAGGACUUAGUAAAAUGACAUUACACACAUCAGAUCCUGAAUCGCUCUAUAAUCCUUAUUUUUCCCAGAAGCUGGGUCAGAAAGAUAUUUGGUCUUUGAUCAACGAGACAGCUGCUACUGCUCAAAAGGAAUUAGGAAAACCUAUUGUUAACUUAGGGCAAGGUUUCUUCUCCUAUAAUCCUCCUCAAUUCGCUUUGAAUUCGGUGUCAGAGGCCCUUACAAAGCCUCAGUUCAAUCAAUAUGCACCGGCAAGAGGGAACCCAAAUUUAUUGCAAGAAUUAAGCAAUUACUAUACAAAAGCCUUCCAUAGGGAGGUCGAUGUAUCGGAGCUCCAGAUAUCUACUGGAGCUAAUGAGGGUUUAUUUUCCGUUUUCUUUGGAUUUUUAACUAAAGGUGACGAAGCUAUCGUCUUUGAUCCUUACUUUGAUCAAUAUAUUCCUAACAUUGAGAUGACGGGAGCCAAAGUUAAGUAUGUUGAAAUAAAAUACCCGGAAAAGUUCAACACUGAAACGGUACAUGGUGAUGAUUGGGAGGUAGAUUGGGCAGGUUUAGAAAAUGCCAUUACCGAAAAGACUAAACUCAUUGUCUUGAACACACCCCACAAUCCUAUAGGAAAGGUAUUUACUGAAGACGAAUUGGUUCGAAUUGGAAAACUUGCAAUUAAACAUAACUUCCUUAUCGUAAGUGAUGAAGUGUAUGAACAUCUAUAUUACACCAAAACGUUUCCACGUCCUGCUUAUUUGCCGAAGUUGCCUGAGUUGGCUGCAAGAACUUUCACAGUUGGGUCAGCAGGUAAGACUUUUGCUGCUACUGGUUGGAGAGUAGGUUGGAUUCACGGACCUUCGAAUUUAAUCAAGUACGUCACGGCAGCACAUACUAGAAUAUGUUUUUCCACUCCAGCUCCAUUGCAACAAGCAGUUGCCGAUGCCCUUAAGCAGGCUUCGCUGAACAAUUAUUUCGAAGAUACAAGGAAUCAAUAUAUUAAAAAAUAUGAAAUUUUUACAAGUGUAUUUGAUGAGUUGGGUUUACCUUACUCGGUUUCUGACGGAAGUUACUUUUUAUUAGUAAAUCUUCUGAAAGUAAAGAUUCCUGAAGACUACAAAUUUCCACCGGAAAUAGAAGAAAGGCAAACCCUUGACUUUAAAUUAGCUUACUUUUUGAUAAAGGAAAUUGGAGUUGUAGGUAUUCCACCAACUGAAUUCCUUCCUUUGGAGAAAAGGAAAGGAAAUGGUAUCGAGCGUUGCUUGAGGUUCGCUGUUUGCAAGGAUGAUUCUGUCUUGGAGGAUGCAGUAAAUAGGUUGAAGCUCUUAAAGAACUAUCUUUAA